UCGUGGGUGGGUGCCACAGAAGUCAAUUGCACGGUAGCUGGGUAGAUUUUGGACAGGCAAGGCACAUGCAUAAAUAAUAAUACUGACAUUCGCCAAUGCAUGGAAUAUUGUUUAAAUAAUUUCUAACGGAUGAACAAGAAAUGUAGUCUUAGCGACACUGUGUAAAAUGAAGCUGUCGCGAUCGUAUGGAAAAUCGAUUCCUAACCGACGUAUACCCUGAGCAGUACUGGUACAUCAUCAACAUCUGGCGGGGCAGAGAGGGUGGAGGAUGCCAUCCCCGGAGCAACGGGCAGCGGAGAUGGGGGAGGAGGGGGAAGGUGAAAGGUCUGUGGCGGCCAGAGAGGGACCGAGCGGGCACAGCCAAGCAGACACCACUACCAACAACCUACUGGCCUCCGUCAAAGAACAGGAGCUCCAGUUUGAGCGUCUGACCCGGGAGCUGGAGGAGGAGCGUCAGAUCGUCGCCAGUCAACUGGAGAGGUGCAUGCUGGGAGCUGAGUCGCCUGGCGAUGAUGAUGAUGCCAGUAGCAGUGACUCAUCUGAGAAGUCCUUUGCUUGGAGAUCCACAGAUGUGUCUGGUACGGGAGAGCACCGGGCUGCUGUAAUGGACAGCUCUCAUCAGUCACCCUCCCGUCUCUUCAGAGCUGAUCAGGGUCACGGGUCACUCUACCUCCCUGAACCGGAGAGGGCAUCCCUGCAUGACAGUGAGGGAUCUGUGGCCCAUAUGACGUCAUAUGCAGAUAGUGGAUACCAGGACAGUAGCAUGAGUUACUACAGUGUGAGCAGAGAGAAUGUGGUUCUGUCAGAGCCCAGACACGUGCUGUCAGGCAGCGGCCCCAGGGGAAGCCCCGGUCACGGCAGGAGCUCCCGGGCAGAGGGACAGGCCUCUGCACAGGCCUCAGCGUCAGGGCGGGUGAUGAGGAGGAUGGGCUCCCUCCCCUCCCGCGGCCAGUCUCCUGUGUGUGGUGUGGGGGGCGCCGUGUCCCCGUCCCGGGUCUCUCUCCGCACCUCCCAGGGCGGCAGCGCCUACGGCUCACCCAUCCUCACCGAGCCCAAACCCCUCGCCAGCAUCUUCCCCGGGACCACCAUGCCCCCCUCCUCCCCGCCUGGUCCAGGCACCACCCCCUCCUUCCAGCGCGCCACCUCUCCCUACUCCCCCACCCACCAGAGGAACGGGAACGGCGACUCCCCUCUCCGGACCAGCCCCCGUCCAGGCAGCGCCAGUCAUGCCACCUCACCUCACCAGGCGACGGGUAGUAUCUCCGGGUGCCUGGGGUCUACUCUGUCUCUGGUGGAGGGGAGGGGGCUGUCUGGCUCUCCUCUGAGGUCCUGUAUGACGGCUGUUCCCCAGCACUACGGCUCCACACUGCCCCGCCAGGGGGCUCAGACCCAGGCUCUCCACUACGGACAUGACGCCUACGGGCUCUAUGAGAGGACCGCGCUGCCCCUGUCACGCCCUGACAGCCUCACUGGUCUGCACAGCUCCUACGCCACUCACCACAGCCCACUGGACCAGGAUAUGAGGAUGGCCAUGUCUCCUGACUGCCACAUCACGCCUGUCUACGACGACAGAGCCUUCCACAGCCCCCUGUAUCACAGCCCCACCCACACCCACCACGGAUCACACAGCGCUAUCUACAGGACACUCACAGGUGCGGCAAACCUUCAGCGGACCCUCCAGAGGACCACAAGCCAUUGCAGCACCCUGGCGUACCAAAGAAGCAGCUAUGGGCUGAACACCGCAGGGUCAUACGCAGACCCCUACAGGGUCUCCCAGCAGGGACAGGGGCCCAAUGAGAACUCUUUCUCCAGGCACUCUGGUCUGGUUGACAGGGCUGCCACAAGGUCCCCCUCCAUAGACAGUAUAGAGAAGGACCCUAGGGAGUUUUCAUGGCGUGACCCCGCGCUUCCUGAGGUGAUCCGCAUGCUGCAGCAUCACUUCCCCUCUGUCCAGGCCAACGCUGCAGCCUACCUCCAGCACCUGUGUUACGGAGACAACCGCAUCAAAGUGGAGGUGUGUCACCUGGGAGGUAUCCAGCACCUAGUGGACCUGCUGGACCACAAGGCUGUGGAGGUGCAGAAGAGUGCCUGCGGAGCCCUGAGGAACCUGGUUUAUGGCAAAGCUACAGACGACAACAAGGUGGCCCUGAGGAACUCUGGUGGCAUCCCCGCUCUGCUCAGACUGCUGAGGAAGACCACCGACAACGAAGUCAGGGAGCUGGUCACUGGGGUGCUGUGGAACCUGUCGUCGUGCGACGCGGUCAAGAUGACCAUCAUCAGGGACGCUCUGAGAACCCUGACCAACACUGUGGUCAUCCCCCACUCCGGCUGGAGCAGCGCCAACUACCGAGAGGAGACCAAGCUCAAGUUCCACUCCUCUCUCCUGCUGCGCAACACCACCGGCUGCCUCAGGAACCUAAGUUCAGCAGGAGAGGAGGCCAGGGGUCAGCUGAGGGGUUGUGAGGGCCUGGUGGAUUCCCUUCUCUAUGUCCUCAAGGCCUGUGUUCACACCUCUGACUUCGACAGCAAGAUUGUGGAGAACUGUGUGUGUACUCUGAGGAACCUGUCCUACCGUCUGGAGAUAGAGAUGCCCUCGUCUUGCCUGCUGGGGACUCAGGAGCUGGAUGCCCUGCUGGGCUACGGGUCCCCCGGUAAGGACCUAGACUACCUCUGCUGGGGCAAGAAGAGGAAGAAGAAGAGGAGUUGGCUGGAUGAUAAGUGGGACGGCGUUGGGCCCAUCCCGGGGUUUGGUAAGCCUCCGCGGGGGGCAGAGAUGCUGUGGCACCCGGCCGUGGUGAAGCCCUACCUCAGCCUGCUGGCAGAGAGCUCCAACCCUGCCACCCUGGAGGGCUCCGCCGGAUCCCUUCAGAACCUCUCCGCUGGAAACUGGAAGUUUGCGGCCUACAUCCGUGCGGCGGUGCGCAAGGAGAAGGGGCUUCCUAUCCUGGUGGAGCUGCUGAGGAUGGACAACGACAGGGUUGUCUGCUCUGUGGCCACCGCUCUAAGGAACAUGGCCCUGGACAGCAGGAACAAGGAACUUAUAGGAAAGUAUGCGAUGCGGGACCUGGUGAACCGUCUCCCUGGGGGCAGCCCCUCCCUGCUGUCUGAUGAGACGGUGGCUUCUGUCUGCUGCACGCUCCACGAAGUCACCAGCAGGAACAUGGAGAACGCCAAGGCCCUGGCAGACACGGGGGGCAUCGAGAAGCUGGUGGACAUCAGUAAGGGCAGGGGAGGGGGUUAUUCUAUGAAGGUGGUGAAGGCUGCGGCUCAGGUCCUCAACACGCUGUGGCAGUACAGGGACCUGCGCACCCUCUACAAACAGGACGGAUGGCACCACGGUCAUUUCAUCACUCCUGUGUCCACUCUGGAGAGAGACAGGUACAGGUCUCAACCAACCCUGCCUACUAGCACCUUACAGAUGUCCCCCGUGCCCCGCCAAUCAGGUGGUAGUGCAACCUCCUCUCCUGCCAUGUUAGGGAUCAGAAGACCCAGCUCGAACUACCAGAGGGCUCAGUCAUCUAUGCAACUCGAUACAUAUUAUGGAGACAACAGUUUACAUAAAAACCAGUAUACAGGGUCAGAAAAGCAAACACCAUAUUUUAUCGGGUCCUAUUCCUCACCAUCAAGAGAGGACUAUCCUAGGUCCCAGGAAGAUGUGUUCUACUCCGACGAUCCGGAUAGGAAUACUUACAACAACUACAGAAUGUAUCUGUCAUCACCGCAAGGUUACGGGGAGGAGGAGCCUGGGCCUUACCAGGACGAGCCAGUGGACCUGACCUCCACAGAGAGAUACAACACAACCCAAUCUAACAGACUGAAAUCCAAUACCAACACCACUAACUACGUGGACUUCUACUCCACCACGAGGAGGCCUUCUCAGAGGGCUAACCAGUACACUGGAUCCCCUGACUCCUGGGUGUAGGGGUGGAGAAACCGUGUAGAAACCAUGGACUGACUCAUCAGUUUAAGCUACAUACUGUAUGUGUGUCUGUGUGUGGGAGGAGGUGUUGGUCUAUCUGUGUGUGUUUGUGCGUAUGUGUGAGAUAAAAAGAGAAAUGUGAGAGACAGAAAGAACAUGAGUGUGUCUGUAUGUGUGUGUGUUCAUGUGUGUGUGAUUCCAGUGGGAAAGACCUUGUUGUUUUCUGGAGUGGUGUAAUGUCAGCCAAAGAACUUGUUCUAUGAUAGGAGAGUUUGUUCUAGUUUUUCUCAGCAGUAAGAAAGGUCUGUUUGGCUUUAUGAUGAGGUUGGUUGGAUACGAGCCAAGCAUCCGCUUAGUUGGAAAUGUGGAGAAUGGAGAGAGUGCUGAAGAAGUGUUGCGUAAAAAUAAACAUUAAAGGGAUAGUUUACUCAAAAUACAAAUUAAUAUGAUGUUCAAUAUAUGUUAGCUAUAUAUAGUAAGGGCACCAAAUAAUGAAUAACUGGCUUGGUGAAUCGACUACAGCCAAAUGGAAAAUAAUGUGAAUUUGUAUUUUGAGUAAAAUAAAUAAUUUGUAUGUUGGCCAAAUAUAUAUCAUGAAGUCAUAUCUGUGAAAUGUCAAAUACUAUUUGUACAGAGAAAUAAAAACUGUUACACUGUGUUGUUACAGAACAUUACUGUAUUCAAUGUGUAGACUGUGUAUGUAUGAUAUGGUGUCUUGUGAAUUUUGUAUGAUUUAUUUAUUUAUUUAAGUGUGUGAAUUUCCCCCAAAACGCCCUGUUGUAUGUUGUCCAACACUGGCGAAGAUGUGCCAUGUGUCAAAUGGAAGUGUAUGAAGAUUAAAAAAGAGCGUAUCAUAACACUAAAAAAGAUUCAGAAGUUGUGAAAAUGAGGCAUGGUUAAAUAAAUCAGCAGUGGAAUGGGAAUUGCA